GCGGAUUUGUCUUUGUGCCCACAAACAACCAUCAUCACCACCACCACCAAACGGCAGCCCUGUGGAUGUCAGGACGUAUCGCACUUACUCCUCAAUCUUCACUCUCGAUCAGGCCUUCUUCAUUGCAGGAACACUCUCAUAACCUCGCCACCCAACCAACCAACCAACCCACCAACUUAUCAAAGUUUCGUGCCGGCUUACAUCUCGUGUGCAACUACUCCUUCGGACUUGUCCUCAUCAAGCAGGACAAGGAGUCAAGAAACAGUGUGUCUCAUAUUUUCCCGAAUUUUUGAGUGAGUGAGUUUUGCAUAGCCAUGGAACCUACCCCUUCUCGUCUCGAGUGUCUCAACUAACUUUCUCAACUAUGCUGGAGGAGUCAAGAGAGGAAGAGUAAUCCGAUUUCGAAAACAAUAUUAAUUCCUGAUAUUUACAUUUGUGGUGCGAUAAACUUCCAAGUGGAUGUCAAACAGAUUCAUAUUACAAAACUUGACAGAUUGUGAAUACACUCUUGGCCGUGAAGUUAAGAGAUAUACAUCAUCGUGUGUUGACAGAGUUGGUGAUAGGAUUGUGAGACUUUUUUGGUUAAUAAAAUGCCUCGAGACUCUGAUUCCAGUGGGUCUUGCAGCCCCGUGCACGUCACAAGAAGCCCCAGUCCUAAAUCUCAGAAAGUUUCACCUUUCUCCAUCGCCAGCAUUUUGGCUUCAUCUUCCAAUCACCAUAACCAUCAUCAUCACCACGCAGCCAACAAAUCGCAUAGAGAUGAAGGGACGGAAAGUCUAAUUCCGCACGAUGCCAGCAUUUUGGCCAGGUUGGGCUUGGUGUCCCCACUGGCUUUCUCACCGCAACAUUCGGCCGCAAUCAUGAGUUUAUAUGGUGCCACUGAUUUUCAACGCUCAGCCGCCGCCUGUUGGUACCCCUGGUCCUCCUUGGCCCAACCCUUCGGCCUCGCCUCGCAUCCCAACACUUUGUCAUCAAGAUCGCCUCCUCCGGCUCAUCAGAGCACUCACCGAUCUCUGGUUCGAGGCGAUCGAAACAAGUCCCCCACGGUCGGGUCAGAUUGCUGUUCCUCCGACCGAAGUCGUCCCAACUCGAGAGGAAGUUCAAUCGAGAUUCGUUUGAGUCAGGGGACAAAGGGGGCAUCGGGAGACGGGGACAGUGACGAUGGGGCUGACUACGAGUCGGAAGUUCACGUCAGUGGGUCCGGAAGCAUUGGGACAAACGGGUCCCCUUCGCAGGGAGGUAACUCAGAAAACAACAAAUCUGGCGUGACGGGGAGUUCUGGUCACUCGAAUAAUAAUAAUCUCAAUGGCGGCGGAGGAGGAGGAAGUAAACGGAAGAAGAAGACGAGGACGGUCUUCUCUCGCAGCCAAGUGUUCCAAUUGGAGUCAACUUUCGAUGUCAAGCGGUACUUGUCAAGCAGCGAGCGUGCCGGUCUUGCUGCUUCCCUGCAUCUCACAGAGACUCAGGUCAAAAUUUGGUUUCAAAACCGUAGAAACAAGUGGAAACGUCAACUAGCCGCUGAAUUGGAGGCGGCCAACAUGGCGCAUGCUGCCCAAAGAUUAGUUCGAGUCCCAAUUCUCUACCACGAAGCCCAUCAUUCCGGUCAGGACGCUGGAGGUGGGAAUGGAAAUGGGGGAAACGGUCCUCAUCAAAAUUUAUCUGCUUCCUACCCCUCCCUUCCAUAUUAUCAACAGUUUGGCGUGUCUCCCAGCUCGAUGAGCUCCUCAUCUCCGGCCACCCAGCAGUCUCGAAACUCCCAACAACAACUCUCCUCUCUAGUCUGAAAUGAAAAAUAAGUGUAGUGCGUCGUCUAACAAGAAAUUUACUACUAAUUCUACGACGAGAGGAUGGAUGGAUGGACAUCAUCUCAAAAUUCAACCACAACUAAACAAAUAGUCAGGUUCGAAGGAUUUGUGUGUUGAUGUCAUGCCGUGAUGCGCCCACCACCUCAUCAAUCAACCAUGUGACAUUUUCCGUCACUUAUUGCUCUCUCUCUCUCUCUCUCUCUCACCCCCAAUUCAAAACAUUGACAGCUCUCGUACCACAAUCUGUACUUUUCUCUCCUUCUUCUCCUUGAAAGUUGAAACACUUCUGGUGACGACCUGAACUCAAUCCCAAAUGCAUAGCUUUCACGAAAACACAGGACAAAAAUGAGACAGAGAUGGAAAGAAUGUGACGAAUAUUGUAUGAUUGUCAUCCUACCCCCGUUUAAAUAAAUGAUUGCGUGUUCGUGGGCUGUGUGGUGAAUAUUUGUGUAACUUUGCAGCAGUCACAGAGCAAAAAGCAGUGUAUUUUUACGGCCUGAACUACUCAAAACAACACCCACGAAUAUGAUGAUCGACUUGACUACUUACUUACCACGGAGUGAACAUUCCUUUAAAUUGUGUCAUUAUUUUAUUUGUGCUAAAAAAUCCUCUUUUGGAGCAAUCAUUUAACUUUCGUUAUGUACGUUUUUUUUGAAACAUUUGCUGUAACUUUUCAACAACUUUGCGCCAUGUUUUUGCAAGUGGUAGGCAUAUUAUAUAAGAAUAAAGAGCGUAAAUACUACUUAUGUAAAAGACGGUGUAGUUUAAGAUGGCAAAGGAUUAGGAUUAUAAUACUGAUGUACGUACGUAUGGAUUAAGAAAGAAAAUGAGAAUUAAGCAGAGCUGCGCAUACCUACAAAAGUCAUUGUCAGAGGAGGAAAACACGUAACCAAACAUUCACUGUUGAAGAACGGUAAAUGCCUGUUGGACAUUAUUACUUAAGUACAUUUGUUCAAGACUGGAGCUGAGGAUUAUCAGCAGUAAACAUGUUCAUUUAUUAUUAUUAGUUAUGAUGAUAUGUGGAGUGGGAAAUACUG